AUGGUAACACGGCACCAGUCAUACACCUGCUUCCUGCCCAACAUGAGCUGCCGCACGAGCUGUUCUGCCCGGCCCUGUUUGCCCCCCAGCUGCCAUGGAUGCACCCUGCCUGGGGCCCGCAACAUCUCUUCCUCUGGGGGCAUGGGUGGUUCGCUGUGUGAGGGCUCCUUCAAUGGCAAUGAGAAGGAGACCAUGCAGUUGCUGAAUGACCGCCUGGCCAGCUACCUGGAGAAGGUGCGCCAGCUUGAGCAGGAGAAUGCAGAGCUGGAGGGCCACAUCCGUGAGUUUUCCCAGAAGCAGAUGCCCUAUGCAUCCCCAAACUACCAGUCCUACUUCCAGACCAUCGAGCAGCUCCAGAAGAAGAUCCUGUCCAACAAGGCUGAGAACACCAGGAUGGUGUUGCAGAUUGACAAUGCUAAGCUGGCUGCCGAUGACUUCAGAACCAAGUACCAGGCGGAACACUCCAUGCGACAGCUGGUGGAGGCUGACAUCAACAGCCUGCGCAGGAUGCUGGACGAGCUGACCCUGUGCAAGUCCGACCUGGAGUCCCAGGCGGAGUCUCUGAAGGAGGAGCUGUUGCACCUCAAGCAGAAUCACGAGCAGGAAGUCAAUGCUCUGAAAAGCCAGCUUGGUGAGCGCCUCAAUGUGGAGGUGGAUGCUGCCCCCAACGUGGACCUGAACCGUGUGCUGAAUGAGAUGAGGUCUCAGUAUGAGGCCCUGGUGGAGAACAACCGCAGGGAUGUGGAGGAAUGGUUUGCCAAACAGACUGAGGAACUGAACAACAUGAUCACCAACGUGGAGUCCCAGCUGUCUGAGAUCCGCUGUGACCUGGAGCGUCAGAACCAGGAGUACCAGGUGCUGCUGGAUGUCAAGGCACACCUGGAGGGUGAGAUCAACACAUACCGGAGCCUGUUGGAGAGUGAGGACAGCAAGCUUCCCUCCAACCCUUGUUCCACCUCUAAUGCUCGUGGCAACUCCUCUGGACCCUGUGGCAGCUCUCAGUCACGUCGCUGUUAA